AUGGCGGCACUGCUACAGCAGGAGCUGGAGCCUGCGGAGAUCGCAAAACUACCAAAAAACAUCGUAAACAAAAUUGAGAAGAUUCUGUUGGACCAACAAUAUGAAAUAGAUUCUUUAAAGGCGCAGCAGGAGCAGUUUAGAGUGGAUAAUGAGCAACAUUUCUUUGAGAAAGUGCAACAGCUUGCUCACUGUAAAGAACAGUUUUUGACGAAGUCCCAAGAGCACCUGAAGCUCAAAGAAGAAUUCACCAAACUUGAGGAGGAACUUAAAACUGUGGUUGCCAAAAACAGAGAACAUGAGAUCACACAGGAGAGGCUGUCAUCAGACCAGGUUCUGCUGUCAAAAGCCAGAGAAGAGCUGGAGGCUGAAAAGCGAGAACUUGUUCGCACACUGGAAAGACGCUCGCUGGAAGUCGAGCAUUUAAAUGAUGAUUUAAGACAACUAAAUGACAAACUGGUUGAAGCUGGUACAUCUAGAAUAACUUUGCAGAUGAAGCUUGAUGAGCUUGAAGCAGCUGAAGUUAACAUUAAGUACAAAGAGAAGCGUAUGGAUCAGGAGAAGGAGCUCCUACAGGGACAGAUCUCUUGGCUGAAUGAUGAGCUUAAAGCCAAGACUGAGGAGCUACUGUCUCUGUCCAGACAGAAGGGCAACGAGAUCCUGGACCUAAAAUGCUGCCUGGAGAAUAAAGACGAUGAGUUGAACAAGCUUCACGAUCAACUAACCAGCUGCAAAACUUCAAAUGAAGAUCUGCAGAAACAACGAGAAGAAAUGACUAACAAACUUAAAGAGGCUAAGGUGCAACAAGCUGCAAUGGAGGAGAGAUUUAGAAAUGAACUUAACGCUAACAUCAAACUGGCUAAUUUGUACAAGGGAGCUGCAGCAGAUGCAGAGGCAAAAAGUGAAGAGUUGAGCCAAGCUGUAGAAGAACUGCAUAAACUCCUGAAAGAUGCUGGAGAAGCGAACAAAGCCCUGGAAGAAAAGGUACAGGAGCUGAAUGCAGGCACAGACAAGGCUACAGCUGAGUUAAAGGAGAGGAUUCAGAGUCUUGAGAAGGAGCUGGACAAUGCAAACGAACUGCUGGCUUCUUCUGCUCUCAGAGGCCCUGCUGCGUCAUCCUCCUUAACUGAAGAACAGCUCACCACUAUGUCUCCCACUGCUGCUGCCGUCUCAAAGAUAAAGCCUAAGAUGAAACUGACAGAGUUAUACACAGCAUAUGUGGAGAGCCAGGAGCAGCUUCAGUUGGAGCGUCUGGAAAACAAGCGCGUCAACAAAUACCUGGAUGAAAUUGUGCAGGAAGUGGAAGCCAAGGCCCCGAUUCUGAAACGCCAAAGAGAUGAACACGAACGCAUGCAAAAGUCUGUGGCUAGUCUCUCAACCAAACUUGAGCAAGCCGUCAAGGAGGUGCAUCGUCUCCAAAAAGAGGCAGAUGAAGCCAACAAGCGUGCCUCUGUGCUGGAAAGAGAAAGUCAAAGAUCUGAAAUGCAGCUGUCUGAUAUGGCUCAGCAGGUUCGAGUUUUGCUGAUUGAGUUGGAGGAGGCUCGUGGGAACCAUGUGCUCACCGAUGAGGACGUGAGCUCGACCGAUAUUAGCAGCACCUCUGAUGUCAUCUCUCAGCACCUGGUGACCUUCAGGAGCGUCGAAGAGCUACAGAAGCAAAACCAGCGCCUCCUGGUGGCCCUCAGAGAGCUUGGGGAGGCCCAGGAGAAAGAAGAGUUUGAAGCAACAGGCAACAAACGAGGUGAACUGGAACAGAGUCUGGAGAAGGCACAGUCUGAGUUGGAGGGUUUGAAAGAGCAGAGGAGUCAACAGCUGAAGAUGACGGAGUCCAUCGUGAGGCAACGAGACAUGUACCGUGUACUGCUCGCUCAGGCCACUGGGGUCAGCUUCCCUCAGCAAGGUACUCUGCCUGAGGAGCUGUCUGCUCUGACCUCAACCCCGAGACGCUCCCCUGCAACCACGCCCACCACGGGAACGCCUACUGCUCUCGUCUCCAUGGCAACGGACACUGCAGAGGCCCUGGAGGCCAAGGCGGCUCUGAGACAAUUGCAGGAUGUGUUCACAAACUAUAAGAAAGAGAGAUUGGAGAGUGACAAAUCAAUGACUGAGCAAAAUGAGAAACUCCAAGAACAAAUCUCUGAACUCCGCUCUGCAAAUGCAAAGGUCUCCACCCAGCUCGAAUUUGCAUCUAAAAGGUACGAGAUGCUGCAGGACAAUGUUGACGGCUACCGCAAAGAGAUCGCUGCCCUCAGAGAAAAAGAACAGAAGAUGCACACUGCAAUUCAGAAGCACGAGCAGACCAUCCACACGGUCAAUGAGGAUCUGAAAGCUGCCAAGGAAAAACUGGCCAUGUCCGAAGGGCAGGUCGAAAGUCUUCGUAAAGAGAGAGACAUGCUUAAACUGGUGGAGUCUCGUCUCACUCAUGAAAAAGAGGCCAUUUUGAGUCAAAAGCAGAGCCAGAAUCUACUACUCACAAAUCUACAGAGCAUACAGGCCACUCUUGAGCGCUCAGAGACAGACACUCAGCAGCGUCUCAACAGUCAGCUGGAGAAACAGGAGCGCGAGAUCUCACAGCUGCAGAAAAGACUUGAGAAUGAAGUGGAACAGCGCCACCUGCUGACCAGAAACCAGGAGAUUGAAUUGGUUGAGACAAAGAGACAGUUGGAGUUGCAGGUGGCUCUUCAUCAGAAAACCAAAGAUCAGCUAAGUGCAGCCGAGGUGGAACUGAGCUCUCUGAGGAUCCAGUCUGGAGGAGACUCCCGUCGCAGCCUGGGCUCUCCACCCACACCAAUACGCAGUUUAUCUGUGUUGGACCAGAACCAGAACGAGGAGGACUUGCUGGGCCGGCUUCGUUUGGCUGAGACCAGAGCAAAUGAACUUUCUGAGAAUCUAAAGACAGUCACUGCCUCCAUGGAAAUGUACAGGACCAUGGCCCAGAGUCUGGAGGAGUCCAUAGGCCUAGAGAAGGAGGUGACGGAGCAGGCCCGAUCUUCCAUUGAAACUCGUAUGAAGGAGGCUCAAGAGCAGUACCACAAACUGGAGGAGAAACUGUCUGAAGUUCAGAGAGAGAAAGAGAGUCUGGAAGAGCAGAAGAGUGCUGCAGUGGGGGCUCUAGAAGAGCAGAUCACUGCUCUUAAGAGAGAUCUGAGCAAUGCACAGGCUGAGCACCAGGAGGCACUUCAGAAAGUGGCUCUUCUGGAAGCCCAGCAGCAACAGGCUCUAGAAGACAGCCGCGAACAGGUGAGACUGACAGCAGAGGCACAGGACAAAUACGAGCGUGAGAUGAUGCUCCAUGCUGCAGAUGUGGAGGCUCUCCAGACGGCGAAGACCCAGGCUCUUCAGGCCGUGGAACUCAGACAUCAGCUUGAGGAGAAGUUCCAGAGGGUCAGUGCAGAGCUCCUGGAGGCUCGAGUGUCCUGGGAGGAACAGGAGAAGAUACUCAAGGAGGAGAUGUCCAAAGUGGAAAGUCGUGGAGAGGAGCUUCAGAAACAGAACACACUUUUACAUAAACAGAUCGAAACGAUGAGCAAGAAAAUGGCAGAAAAUCUGCAGAAGGCCUCUGGAGACAGUUCACUCAACAUCCCUCUCACUGAAGAGGGCAAGUCUCAAGAGCAGGUUCUUGAGAUCCUCAGGUUUGUGCGUCGUGAAAAAGAAGUGGCAGAGUCUCGUUUUGAGGUGGCCCAAGGAGAGAGUCUGCGUUACCGUCUGAGAGUGGAGCAUCUGGACAGAGAACUAAAGGAGGUGCAGGACGGUCUGAGCGCAGCCAGGGAGAGAAUGCAGGUGACAGCGAAGACUUUGGCUCAACACGAUGAACUGAUGAAGAAGACUGAAACAAUGAGCAUCCUGAUGGAAACCAACAAGAUGCUGAGAGAAGAAAAGGACAAGAUGGAGCAAACCCUGCAGCAAACCCAGGCCAAGGUGCAAAGCUUGGAGUCAGACAUCAUGCCUCUGAAGACGGCCAACUCUGAGCUGAGUGAGAAAAGUGGGAUGCUUCAGGCAGAGAAGAAAAUCCUGGAGGAAGAAAUAAAACGAUGGAAAACUCGAACUCAGCAUUUGGUGACCCAGCAGAGAGACUCAGACCCAGAAGAGUACAAACGUUUGACCAGUGAAAGAGAAUCCCACCUCAAACGCAUCCAGCAGCUGACAGAAGAGGGCGCUAAGGCCAAUAAUAUGAACACAGCGCUGAAGAAUCAGAUGCAGUCUUGCCGUGAAGCUUUGGCGAAAAUGACUGAGGAGAGAAAUAAUUUGAAGGCGGACUUAGAGGCGAAAAUUCAGAAUAUACAGGACAAAAUAAAGACCAUCACGCAGGUCAAGAAGAUCGGACGGCGCUACACUCAAUAUGAUGAGCUCAAGGUGCAGCAUGACAAGCUGGUAGCAGAGACAGCAGCAGGACCAUCCCAGGAUGAAGAGACGCGUCAGGCCUCUGCUCAGGAGAUACAGGCCCUCAAAGACUCUCUGAACCAGGCAGAAGCAAAGGUGAAAGAGCUGGAGGCUCAAGUGGAGAAAACCACCAAGGUUGUGACAGAGAGAGACUCAGAGCUGCGCAGCUGUCAGGAGCAGACGAGCAGACUGCAGACGGAGCUGAACAGACUGAGACAGGACUCAGACACUCAGAAACAACAGACCACUGACAAAGAGGAGAAGAUGAAGAAGGCUCUGUUCUUUGCCAAGCAGAAGAUCAGCCAGCUCAUGGGAAACAAGGAGCAGAUGCAGAAGGAGAAUGAGGAGCUGAAGCAGCAGCGUGAGGAGCUGGAGGUGCGAGUGAGUGCUCUGAAGUCUCAGUAUGAAGGACGUCUGAGCCGACAGGAGCGAGAGCUCAGGGACCUGCGCGGGCAUCAGGACGGCAGGGACCAGAGGGACGAACCUGCCGAGGCAGGACCCAGCAAGACCCAGGAGCAGCAGAGGAGCACUGAACAGAGACAGAUCAGCCUCAAGACCACUCCAGCUGCAGAUAGGGGCAGCGCGUCCACCUCUGAGCCUCCCACUGCGAACAUCAAACCGACUCCUGUGGCUUCAGCGAGUAAACAGACAGCCAUUCCUGGAAACAAGGCCACACCCAGAGCCAGUAUCAGACCCAUGAUCACACCCGCCCCCGUGCCCACGCCCACACCCACCGCUACUGUCAUGCCCACUACACAGGUGGAGACUCAAGAAGCAGUGCAGUCUACAGAAACCCCUCCAGUCGAACAUGUGACAGUGUACGGCAGCGCCAGCGGGUCUGUGCGCUCUGCUAGCCCUAAUGUCCAGACCACUCUUGCUAGCCCUAUGCUAACAGUGCAGCAGGUCCAGACUCAGGCCACUGCAUUCGUCCAGCCAACGCAACAGCAGAGCGUGACCCAUUCUGAGCCGGCCAAUCAGGAUCCUCCUCCUCUGGUGUUUGAAACGCCCAGCCAGCAGGUGGAAUGGCCCUCGACAUCCUCCACCUCCUCUGUGUUUGGGACAGUCUCUGCUACCCCGGGCACCUCUGCCAUGUCCAAACGGCCCAGGGAGGAAGAGGAGAGCUCCACUGUGGUGACCGAGGCAGAGGUCCCGUCUGAAGACACCUCCAGAGCUCCCAUCUCCAAGAAGCUGAGAAUCAUCCAGAGAGUGGGACCAGAGGAGGAGAUGUUGACUGAAGACAGUGCUGAGGCUGAAGGAGUUGUGCCAACAGACAGUCAGGACCUCACAGAAGCCUCUCAGGAUGAAGACUUCCAGACUCUGGAGGAGGAAGAGGAGAGCACAGUGCCUCAGUCUGUGAUGGAGCCAGAGGGACCACAGGGGGAAACCUCUGAGCAGCAGAAAGAAGUGAUUGUUAUUUUAACUGAUUCUGAGAGCGAGGAAGGACAAGAGGAAGAGGAGGAAGAGGAGGAGGAUGAACAGGAGUAUGAUGAAGAGGAAGAAGAGGAGGAGGAAGAGGAGGAUGAGGAGGGAGAUGAGGAUGAAGAUGAUGAAGACAGUAAUGAGGGCGGUGGAGACGCAGAGGCCUAUGAGGAAGAGGAGGAGGAGGAGCCAGAGAGCGCUGAUGUAACAGACCCAGGCACAGAGACAGAGGAGAGCGUAGGGGCGUCGGACUCCACCCAGAGACCAGCCGAUUCCCAGACACCGAGCUAUGAGGGCAGUGCAGCCGAGGCCUUCUCCACGGAACAACCGAUCACAGGCUCCGGUACUCGUAUGCCUCAGUCGCCACGGAGAUCGAUGCACCAACCGCAACGUCUGAACGUCCACCAGAGCUCAGAGCUGGGUCCCCUCACUCAGGUCCAGCGGAUUCCUGGACGCCGGCAAUUGGCUCAGCUUGGUCAUAGUGUUCCAGGCAGUACUCAGCACUUUGAGGAUGAUGACCGGAUGGUGCCCAGUGCUCCGACUCUGGUGGCUCCUCAGCGCUCAGACAGUUUUGACCAGGCCUUACAGUCCCCUCAAGUUGCAGGUGUCCCCCGCUUUAGAUUUGGGAUGACGGAAGAGGUCCCUCAGGCCAGCACCUCCACUCACUCCGACCUGGGAGAGCUCGCAUCACAAGGAGGUCUUGGGAUGUUUGCUGAAGAAGAGUCUGGAGGUCGUAGUGUCCCAACCACUCCACUACAGGUCACAGCACCAGCCUUUUCCGAAAUCGCUCCCUCGGACUCCACAGAGCACGCCUCCCAGUCUGUUCCCAUGGUAACCACGUCCACACAAGGGCUGGUGUCAGGGACAGGUGCGGCAGGAGAGGAGAGAGACGACUUCCUGGAGCCUGACACUGACAGGUCCAGUGUGGAGGCGUCAGGAGAGCCGGUGGUGUCCCAGGCAGAAGCAACAGAGUCCAGUCAAACGUCGGGCACAGGCAGCCUCCCCUCCACCAGCCAAGAGCCCUCCUCCAGCAGCACAGGCCCCAACAGACCAGAUACGAGCAGUGCCAGAGCCAGACCCUCUCGCUCUGGUCCCAGUCGACAGCUGCAGCGCUGGUCUGAGGGCAGAGGCGGCCGCAUGAAGAGAGGUCAGGCCUUUGCUCGAGGUUUAUACAGACGAUGAGACGCCUCUUGGUGAAGACUUGAAUCACAUUUUCCUCUGUGGAGUCCAGCUCUUCUGUUCAGUUAUGAAGUGAUCAAAAUUGUGUUGGUUUAGUUUUAUACUUAAAUUACCUUUUGUAACGAGUGUCCAUUCCCAAAAAUGUUUUAUCAAAAUUGUAAUAAACAAUAAAAAUGUAAAAAUCAAA